GCCCGCGAGCUUCGAGUGCAUCGAGGCGCGAGGGAGCGAAAGCUCAGAGGACCCGGCGCUUCUGGUGCCCUCCGAGGAGUCGGUGUGGCUCGGCUAUGAGCCCUCCGACGACACGAUUGCCCAGGCGUGGGCGGAAAAUGUAGCCGCCGACCCAGCGCAGAUCACAGCACUCUGGCACCACCACGUGGAAAUGUGGACACCCGACAUGAGGAUGAGCUCAGCCUGGCCAUACACUGCGUGGUUUUGCUCGCCUCUGUCACGCCAAGCCCCCGCAUGCUUUGCGGAUCUUCGCGGUGCCGCGCUGGGCUCGCUGGGCUGGGCGGCCUUCCUGAAACUGACAAGUGAAGUGACUCCGUCAGGGCGACAGCUUUUGUCACAGGUGGAGGAGUUUGUCCUGGAACCCCUUACCUUGGACAAGGCAGUCGCGUGCUACCGAAUCACAGGUGGGAGCACAAUGUGCCGGGCUCUGGAGCUCGUCUCCGAGUCGCUGUCACAGGGUGCAGAGGUGCUCUUGAGCGCAGCUGAGACGUACCACAUCUCGCUGACAAGCUUGGUGGACGGGGCAGCGGUCUGCUUCCAGCAAGGUUUAGACACCUGGCGAUGUCGGCUCCUGGACGUGGGAAGCUCGAGUAGCCUCUCAAUGCCUGAGCCUCGACCUGCAGAACCCCCUUCCCUCUUAAUCCUGGGUGCAAUGGUAGAGGAACAGAACGUCCUUUGGCUGAUGCUUGUUACCAGGGGGCCAGAGUUGGUCGUGCCUGGAACUCUCUCAGGGCUCGCCUGCUGCUCAGGAAGAAAGAGAGAAAGAGAGAGAGAGAGAGAUGACGGCAGUCAGGACUCUACCGGCCGAACCAUCCGCAGUACAUGUAACCUACACUCAACGCCCCAAAGCCCUUUUCCCUCUGCAACAGAAGGGGGAGAGGGGGUGCCGGUAGGCACGGGCCGGACUUCGCCUGGCCUAACCCCUUGGAAGGAAGGAAGGAAGGAAGAUGCCAUUGCCCGCGCUUCGAGGGGGGAUGUCUUCGACAAACUACGUGCAGGGCGAUGUUGGGGAGAGUUUGCUCCUGUACGCCACCUUGCGUUGCUCAUUCGGGACAUACCCUGCCCUAACUGA